ACGUUGUAUAUACAUUCUCUCUCUCUGUAUAUAACAACAAAUAGGAGUGUAGAGAAAAGCCAAGGUCAAAUACACCUGUGCUUUCUUCAUAAACCUUGAGCAAGAACCAUUACCACCUGUGAUCAAAUUGUUGCAAAACCCUAGUCUUAUUUUGUCUCUUCUAAUCUUCUCUUCCAUUUCCGACCUUCUUUACCAAAUGGGUCGGCAUCUGUAGAUAUAUAGGAGUGACACAUAUAUAAUAUAGACAGAAUCCAGUGAGAUUACAUUCAGAGAUCACCCAAAUCUGAAGAAGCCCAUUUCUUCUCAUCUCUAUAUAGAGAUAGAAAGAUUGGGGUUUGAUAGAGAAUCAAAGAAAGCUGCUCUACUUUUAGUAGAAUUUGUUUUCUUGAUAUUUCCUUUGGGCUUGUGGGCUUUUGAUUCCAUGGCUGUUGGUGCAGAAGUGUCUGGUGAGACAGCAGUGGAAGUUCCUGUUGUUCAACCUUCACCAAUCGCUGACACUGCCGAUGCUAAUUCUAAUAACAAUGCUAUACCUUUAUCUAAUGGUGUGCAGGACUCUGGUUCGAAUUCCAAUUCGAAAUCAGAGCUUCCAAUGACUGACCUUACCAACAUGUUGUCCAAUUUGAAGUUGAAUCCAAUGGCCAAGGAGUUCUUUCCUUCGUCCUAUAAUCGUGAUCAAUUGGCUGUGAAUAACGUUGUGACAGCUAAUAUGAAUUCAGGCAAUGAUGGCCACCCGAAUAAUCGGAGGAGGAGAAAUAACUAUAACCAGAGCAGGAGGCGGCUGAGUGGGAGAGCUUUUAGAGCUCAAAGAGAUGAUAGUAUUAGGCGAACAGUGUAUGUCGCUGACAUUGAUCAUAGUGUCACUGAAGAGCACCUUGCUACCUUGUUUAGUAGCUGUGGACAAUUGAACAACGUCAUGAGUCUAAGGGUGGGAUCAAGCUUGAAAGGAGUGGAUGGGCAUAGGCUUAAUAGUGAAGGCAGACUCCCUGCUUAUAGAUAUGAGAUCAAUGACUUAAAAGGCAGAUGUCGAGAGAAACUAUUAGACUUCUUUAUUGCGUUGCGAAGAGAGAUCGCAGAUGAAGAUUUUCUGAUGCAGUGUAGGCAUUGGAUGGAAAAGACAAAGAAGGGAACAACCCACCAGAAAGGCAUACCCCAAGGAGCACCAAUCUCCCCCAGCAAACAUCUAUCUGCACGAAGCCGACCUAUGGAUAGAAAGAAAGAUGCAGGAAAGGAAAAUGAAAUAUGAAAGAAAAAGAUGUUUUGGGGCCAACCGGAAACGGAACAAAUGCUGUUGUUGCUUCUACGUUCGCAUGACUUCGCUCUCGUUGUGCAUGGACUUCAUAAUUGAACUAAGAGGGAUCGGGCUGUUGGCUCAAAGAAAGUUUGUUUGGGGAAAGAAUAACAACAAGCUUUUAAGGCUCAAAAAUAAAAGAAUUCUUUUCCAUGGGUGGUGGGAGGGGAAGGUAAAGUAAGCAACUCAGAAAGGUCAGGUGGUUUUAUAUCUUAGACUACACAUGGAGUCCAAGUGGUAAGGCAUCAGUUUUUUUGGUGGAACAAGUGCCUUAGAUACGAACUCCAAUCAAAUAAGUGACAAUCAUUCGAAUGCGUUGGUAAUUGGUAUCAAUCAGUAAAGUAUGUUCUCAAUUUAAGAAGGCCAGCAGUGGUUGUAUGAUGUCAACAAUAAGAAAUGUGGACACUUCUAUCAAGGAGACAUCCCUUGUCAAACACCAAUUCUCUGACAAUUGUGGACUAACUUUCAACACAUUUUCAAUAGUUGGAACAAAUCUAAUGAUUUUCGGCAAUUGGUGGAUACUUCUUGGGACACAGAAUUUAAAUCUACCGGAAAACUUAUUUAUGUUGAUUCACUUACACACACUUCGCUGGCUAUAGCUUGGAGGCAUCCUUGAAUGGUUUCAUUGGAAAAAGGUGGACCUCUUCUUGUUCUAGUAUAACUUACCUAUCUCUCUUAAAGUUUUCCUACAUGUUUAUUGAGCUAUUGCUUCUUACUCUCUUGUUUUUCUUUCCUUGAAUAGGAUUCUUUUUGUCAUAGGUUUUAGUUCAGUGAGCUUUUGUGAUGUGGAAAUUGAACUUCUGAUUAUCUAGAAGAUGUUUCCAUUGUUUUGUGGUU